AUGGGGAUUCGCAUCACCACGUGGAAUGUCAAUGGUAUACGAAACCCAUUUGGAUACCAGCCAUGGAGAGAUAAGAGGACGUUUGAAGGCAUGUUCGACAUUCUCGAGGCGGACAUGGUCAUCUUCCAGGAAACCAAAAUUCAGAGGAAAGAUCUCCGCGACGACAUGGUAUUGGUGCCAGGCUGGGACAACUACUGGAGCCUGCCCAAGCACAAGAAAGGAUACUCUGGCGUUGUCAUUUACACCCGCAAUGCGACCUGCGCCCCCAUACGAGCCGAAGAAGGCGUCACCGGCAUCCUGACCCCUCCAAACACCUCCACCAGUUUUCGAGACCUGCCCGAGGAGGAACAGAUUGGGGGAUAUCCCAACGCUGAACAACUGUCCGAAGCGGACUACGACCCGGCCACUCUCGAUUCCGAGGGGAGAUGUGUGAUUCUUGAGUUUCCUGCCUUUGUCCUGAUCGGCACCUACUGUCCGGCCGAGCGCGACGAAACGCGCACUCACUAUCGCACAAGCUAUCUCCGCGUGCUGGACGCCAGAAUACGGAACCUCGUGAAAAUGGGCAAAAGAGUGGUCUGGGCGGGCGACUUCAACAUAUCCAGGGAGGAAAUUGACACUGCAGCCGCGCAAGAGAGCAUGCGAAAGAAUGGGCUCGGCCCAGUCCAGUGGAUCUCCACACCGGCACGGAGGAUGUUCAACCAACUGCUAGUGGGUGGCAAAGUACAUGGGGAGAGGGAUGAGGGGAGAGAAAAGCCGGUCAUGUGGGACGUCUGUCGGUCAUUUCAUGAAGAUCGUAAGGGCAUGUACACUUGUUGGGAGACCAGAGUUAACGCGCGACCGGGAAAUUAUGGAUCAAGGAUUGACUACGUGGUGUGCAGCCAUGACAUGAAAGACUGGUUCAGUGAUGCAAACAUCCAGGAAGGGUUGAUGGGAUCUGAUCACUGCCCAGUCUAUGCCGUGUUGAAGGAUACUGUGGUCGUGGACGGAGUCGAGCGCCAUAUGCUGGACAUGGUCAACCCACCCGGCAUGUUCGUGAGUGGCCUGCGCAAACAAGAGUGGACCACCAAAUGCAUGCUACCCAUGUCUGGCAAGCUGAUCCAAGAAUUCGACAAGAGACAGAGCAUCCGGGACAUGUUCACGCGGAAGCCAACGCUCAUCAAGUCCAAAAUCGGCAUUGAAGAGACAGACGCCAACGGCGCAGCUGUGGAUACCCCUGUGACGAUAGCGAUUGCAGACGCCGAUGCUCGGAUGCCCCCUGAGGGGGACGACAUGAAUGCUCUUUCGAAGACAGUAUCGAACGCAUCGGCCAAUAUUAAAGGCAGCAGUGGGAAGAGGUCCGCAAAAGCAUUCGAAGCACCGACAGCGGCAAAACGCAGCAAGACAGCUCCUCUGACUACUUCCAAUGGCCUCGGCAAGGGCCAGCAGAGUCUCAAAGGCUUCUUUUCUGCCAAAACAUCGACAAAUCAGGCUCUCAGAACUGACCAACCUGUAGCUGAAGCAAAAGCCGAAGAACUCCAAGCGCCAGCCACGCCCAGGGCGCCUCCGUCAGUCGAAGAGGAAGCGGCCAGUUUUGCAGCAAGGCAAACCUGGGGCAAGUUGUUCUCCAAGCCCGUGGCUCCGAAAUGCGAGCACGGCGAACCAUGCAAAACCAUGCUCACCAAGAAACCGGGUGCAAAUUGCGGAAGGUCUUUCUGGAUGUGUGCGCGGCCGCUGGGCCCCAGUGGGAAGCAGGAGAAAGGGACGCAAUGGAGGUGCAACACGUUCAUCUGGGCUAGUGAUUGGGAUGCGCAUGCUGCCGAGCCAGGCUGA